AAAUCAUGGCCCUGACGCGAAGGUGUCCGCUCCCCCCCCCCUCCCCCCUCAGUGACCCAACAACGGCCUGCCAACCCUGAACCCACCGCAAUUAUACACCCACCACUGUCCACCCCCAGUGGACACGAUCCAACGUCUUCCAAUCCCAAACAGGAUCGCAGUGCUCGCAUCUCCACGGAGUGACUGCUGAACGACGGUCCGGCUAAGCGAAUCCCAAACGCCCUGCUGCGGUUAGCUUGCGUAGAUCGCCUUCUCCUUUGGGGGUGCGCACAAGCCCAUCACCUCUCCUGGUGGAGGACGGAUGAACAUCUGCGACCCGGCUCGACGAGUCCCGUUGCUGUCCAACGCGAUUAGCUUCCUGUCGACUGCUGGGCCCGGUACUGGUUCUGGACCUCCCCGGCAUUUCCGCCCCUUCAUAUAUUGGGUCCUCCCCACCCCGCCGAGCUCAGCUUUCUCGAAUAUGUCUGGUCUGCGUCAGUAGCAUGGCUAAGGAUGACCGCAGCCCCGAGGUCAAGGCGGUUGCGGCCGCCUUUAUGUCGGUGGCAUGUGUGACUGUGAUUCUACGAUGUUAUGUGCGCGGAUGGAUUGUCCGGGCGUUUGGAUGGGAUGACUGGGCCAUGGUGGUUGCCAUGUUGUUCUAUGGGAUGUUCUCAGGCUGCAUGAUCGGGGGCGCGAUAUACGGCACGGGACGACGAUUCAAGGACUUGGAGCCACAUGAACGCGUCACCGCCAUGGAGUACUGGUGGUUCUGUGAGAUCGCCUACUGCUUCUCGGCCGUGGCCUGCAAGAUCUCCGUCUGCAUUUUCUUGAUGCGCAUUACGGUGCGGCGCAUCCACAUCUGGAUUCUGUGGACCGUCAUGGUCAUGACGGUCGUCGCAGGCAUGGUCUUUAUGUUUAUUAUGUUGCUCCAAUGCAAGCCGCUCACGUACUUCUGGACGCGCAAGGCGUUCAGCUCGACAUAUACCGGCCACUGCAUGGAUAUCCAGAUUGUCAUCGCCAUGACCUACGUGUACAGCGGGUUUGCCGCGCUGUGCGAUUUCACCGUGGGCAUUCUGCCCAUCUUCCUGGUGCGGAAGCUGCAUAUGAAACAAAAGACCAAAAUGGCGGUGGUGGGGAUUUUGAGUAUGGCAUGCAUCGCCUCCUCUGCCACCAUUAUUCGUAUCCCGUGGGUGCAUACCUUUGCGGACUGGGACUUUCUCUACGCGACCGUCGAAAUCGCCCUCUGGUCCAACAUUGAAAUCGGCCUGGGCAUCACCGCUGGUAGUCUCGCCACCCUCCGUCCUCUACUUCGCAAAUGGCUCGGUUCGAGUGCCGACCACAACUACGACGCCUCCCCCUUUCCCGGCCCCUCCGGCUCGCGACCCCUCGGCAUCAACAAAAGCGGCGGCGUCGGUCGCAGUCACGAUCGGCCCUACCCCCUCGGCUCCCUCGAUGACACCGGCGUGCAGGGACGUCUCCGCCCGGACAAACUCGCCGUAACGGUGACCACCAUCCAAAGCCAAGUGGACCCGGACACGCGACCGUGGCGCGGUGGGACGACGAAUAGCAGCGAGGAACGACUGACCGGGUCCGCCGGGAGCGGAGGCCGCAGUCACGGCACGAUCAGGGAGAAUGGGGAUGUCGAAUUAGGCCUGGGCAUGGGAUUGGGCAUUCAUCGGACGUUCGAAGUGACCCAGACGUCGUCGUCGGGGGGGACGGGACGGACAGUAGGAGUGACGGAACAUGUCUAAUUUGUGGUGCAUUGGGUGGAGUGUUUUUUUUCCUUUGUAUGGGUAAUGAAGCAUAGCAUGACGAUUAAUGGUGUUUGUGGUACUUAGUAGCGUACUCUGUAUGGAUGCACUCAUCGAAGUGAUACCAUGCAGAUGCUGGUAAUGUAUGCACUCAAAGCUUAUUCACAACACCAUGCACCUAACCAAUCUAAACGCC